GGUUUGAUCAGGUCUCUUUGCCUGACCCACUAACCAACGGGACAGAGAAGUGUGUACUGGUGCUGUGCUGCACUCCUCUCCUCUCCUCUCCUCAUGCCCCUGCAAGUGACAUGGCCAUUCCCACAGUGCCCCCGUCUGGGCUGGAGGAUAUCCAGUUCAUUUGUGAUGGGCAUGGUGGGAUCAUACAGCUACCUGUGGACCAAAUAUUUGAACUCUUUGUCAGUGCACAACCAGGACGUUCUGCUGGACCUGGUGGAUGAACGGCCUCAGGAUACGCCGCUCAUCACUGUGUCCAAUCACCAGUCCUGCAUGGAUGACCCUCACAUCUGGGGUGUGUUGAAGCUUCGGCAGCUGUGGAACUGGAAGAGAAUGAGAUGGACCCUAACGGCGUCUGAUAUUUGCUUCACGAGGGAAUUCCACUCUCGAUUUUUCAGCAGAGGGAAGUGUGUACCGGUGGUUCGAGGUGAUGGAGUGUAUCAGAGAGGAAUGGACUUCCUUGUAGAGCGACUCAAUCAGGGCGACUGGGUGCACGUAUUUCCGGAAGGGAAGGUGAACGUGACGGAGGAGUUCAUCAGGUUAAAAUGGGGAGUCGGGCGUUUAAUAGCCGAAUGUUCACUUCAUCCUGUGAUCUUACCUCUGUGGCACGUCGGACUGAAUGAUAUUCUUCCUAAUAAAACUCCGUACAUCCCUCGAAUCGGAAAGAGAGUAACUGUGUUAGUGGGAAAACCUUUUACAGUAAAACACAUAGUAGAAGCCCUGAGAGCGGAAAAUAAAACUCCGGUGGAAAUGAGAAAAGCGCUGACGGACUUCAUCCAGGCCGAGUUCCACACUUUAAAAUCACAGGCUGAAGCUCUUCAUCAGAGGAUUCAGACCAGCCAGUGAUCCACACGCAGCUCAAGAACCUGCAGGAUACAUUGGGCAUGGACUGAAACACACACACACACACACACACACACUCUGAUCAGACUGAAGCGGAGCGAGGCUGAAUGAGGUGAAAGUGUGUAAAAGUUCCUUCAGAGAUGUUUACAGCGCUCCUCCGAGCUCCACGAGGAACAUCACAGACUCAGAAACCUUCUCCGUGUAUGUGAAAUACGAAGUUCCCGUACACGAGAGAACAUUUUUAUACCAGUUUUAGAUUUUUAAAGCAGUUAUUACGAGCACAUCUCAAUCAACAACUGUAAUUUCUACACUGUUUAUUAAAUGAAUUCCUAACCUGUU